CUACGACAUCACCAUGCCUCGCAGCCCGCUCACCUACGACGAUGGCCCAAUGGUCUGGGUCGACUGCGAGAUGACGGGGCUGGACGUGGCCAACGACAGGAUCAUCGAGAUCGCAGUCAUCAUCACUGACGGGCACCUGAACCCCGUCGACGAGGGCAUCAGUUACGUGAUCAACACGCCGAAGGAGGUGCUGGACAACAUGAACGAGUGGUGUGUCAACCAGCACGGCAAGUCGGGCCUCACGCAGGCGUGCCUCGACUCGCCCCACUCAUACGACGAGGUGACGGCCAAGGUCGUCGAGUACAUCCAGCGCUGGAUCCCAGAGCGCGGCGCGGGCCUGCUCGCCGGCAGCUCGGUGCACGCCGACAUGCGCUUUCUGCUCGUCGGCAUGCCAGCCGUCAUGGCGCACCUGUCGUACCGCAUCGUCGACGUGUCGUCCGUCAAGGAAAUCGCUCGGAGAUGGUACCCCGCCCUCGUGCGCAAGGAGAAGGAGAGCCGCGCGGCCGAGUCGUCGCACCGCGCGCUCGAUGACAUCCGCGCCAGCAUCCGCGAGCUGCAGUUCUACCAGGAUAACAUCUUUGUGCCUAUUGAGACUGGGCCCGCGCCCUCCUCUCUGCGGGAUACGGAGCUCAAGACGGCCGUCUAG